UCCUGGAGGACACGGUCGCGCUCCGGCUCCGUUAGACUCACGACUCCGGCGCUCGGAGCUCCACAACCUCCUCACGAGAGCCGCAGACUCACCGGAAACAUGUUAGUAAAAUAUCUACGCGUCCUCCUCCUCCUCGGGGCUGUCGCCAAAUCAGCAGCAAUUUCUUCAACGGACCCUAGCACAGCUUUUCUCACCACCGAUGGGAAUAUGCCUCUUGUAGAUUCCACAGCAUCUUUCAUGACAACACCCUCAAGCAGCAACAGCUUAACCAGCACUUUGUCAACUGCAGCAGCAGGUUCUGCAGCUGCAGAAGGUACAACGAGAGAAACUACUGCUGCGGCACCAACCGCUCCUCCUGGGGAGACAAUCACUACACCUAUCAAGACCACUACUGAGAUCAUCACCCCAGAAGACCCAGCUGACCCUCCGCCAAGUCCAACCGCCGGUGCAACGACACGCCCAGCAGGGCCAGAGACAAACCUCACCACGCCCAGUGAGACUGCAAAAACAACCACCGCACCCGCUCCAACCGUCUACACAGCCACCGCACCAAUCACAACCUCAACUACAAAUGCACCAAUCACAACCACAAACAACACAACAAAUGCACCAUUCACAAGCUCAAACGAGACCGCUACAAAUACCCCACUUACAACCAAAAUUGCAAAUGACACAAUAACAAAUGCACCAAUCACAACCACAAACAGCACAACAAAUGCACCAAUCACAAGCUCAAACAAGACCACUACAAAUACCCCACUUACAACCAAAACUGCAAAUGACACAAUAACAAAUGUACCAAUCACAACCACAAACAACGCAACAAAUGCACCAAUCACAAGCUCAAACAACACAACAAAUGCACCGAUCACAACCACAAACAACGCAACAAAUGCACCAAUCACAAGCUCAAACGAGACCACUACAAAUACCCCACUUACAACCAAAACUGCAAAUGACACAGUAACAAAUGCACCAAUCACAACCACCAGCAACACAACUUCAAGUGGACCAAUCACCAGUAAUGAGACAACUACAGAUGUAACUACAGGUUCUGAAACAACUCUAAGCACACUAACCCCACCUACAAACAACAGUCCAACGUCAGUGUCUCUUUCUCCAAGCACCGACACACCUUUAGUCACAAAUGUGACGGACAAAGCCAACACAACACAGUCGGACAACACAACUCCAACAUAUACGACAACAACUUCAGUCACUUCAAAUGCAACUACAAUGACAACAAUAAACUCUGCCGACACUUCUGCGUCUCCUGCAUUAACUGCAACUCCUUCCUCCUCCACCACAAACACAACACUCACAACUGGACUCCCACCCUCUUCACCUUCCUCCAGCUCUCUCCCUCCCAUCACCUCCCCAGGCAGUAGCAACACCCCCCCUACUGGAAUUACCACCAGCCUUAGCCCUUCAUCACCAACCCCAGGAGUAACCACCCCCUCGAUUGAAACCACUGCUGCAAAUGAUACAACAGCAGUGUCACCCAACAGCGCGACUCCGACCCAUGAGUCCACCGUGCCUACCACAAACCGCAGUACCACCGUGAUCACCACCCUGCAGCCAAUAGAAGUGUGUCCUUCUGUCCCUUGUCCUGUCCAUAGUGUCUGCCUUGGCAGCACUUGUCAGUGUCUCACUGGCAGCUACAUGACAAAUGGACGUUGUGAACCUGCACAAGUGUUCUCGGGCAAGCUUCAUUUCAGCGCCUUGCCUUUUGUGGAUGAAAUGAGCAACCGGUCCUCGAGCAUAUUUCAGAGUACAGCAGCCUCGAUCUCAGCCGCACUCAAAAAUGUCUUCAAAGGUGAGAAAGGGUACAUUCGAUCAGACGUUGUUCAGCUUCAACGUGGAAGUGUGGUAGCAGCCGUGAACAACAUCUUUGAGCAAACCUCUGCCACUCAGGAGUCCGUCGAUCGGGCCAUUAAACAAGCCAUCAGCAGCUUCCCUGAUUUACUAAAGAAUGUGACGUACACAGGGACAAAACUUUGUGAUGUGGAGCCGCUUCCAUGUGAUGCUUCCACUACAAAGUGCACGAAUGCAGAAGGCCAAGCAGUUUGCUCCUGUAUAGAAGGCUACGUCUCCAUGGUUUACUCAAACAGCAGCUGCAAAGCCUGUCCAAGUGGGCAGCGGGCAGUGGGAGAUACGUGCCAACGAUGUCCGUUUGGAUACGCCGGCUUCAACUGCAGUGACUCGGCCCUGCUGGCAGUGGUGGUCAUCUCCUGCGUACUGGGAGGGAUCUUUCUCAUCGUCGUUCUGGCCGUGCUCGUCUACUACUGCUGGACGAAGUGCUCCUGCAGGAUGCCUUCCUACAGCACCAGCCCGUACUCAGACGACCUAAACAAGUCCUGGCCCACCGCCAUCAUGACCAUCCCUCGCGCCUCCACUAACUGGGAUGCAGCUACUUCCAUAGAGAUGACAGAGGGGGGCGACAUUAACAUCCUGGAGCAGAAAAAGCAACAAAGCAAUGGCUUUUCGGGAUCGUAUGAUCUGGACCCCGAAGACAUGCAAACCUUCAGAGGUAAAAACUCGUCUCGUUACUCGUAUCUGGUCCAAGGCCAUGAGAACCCCUACUUCCUGCCCGGAGACCAGAAGAAAAACUGA